GCGGCUUCUGGGUAAGUACGUACACGCUAACGACGUCUCGAUCGCGAUCGAACCACGGAUUUCACGAGGAAAACGAGAUCGCCGCGCCGCGAUGCCCGCAGUAUCGUUUAAGCGUCGAGGAUGAUGUCGCGUGGUACCGGUACUUUUCCCGUCGUUCUCGCUCUUCUUCUCUGUGCCAUCGUCACACUCGCCUACGCGAUUUACGAUCCCAGAGAAGCGACGACAAAGCCGCCAAAUCGACGAGAAUCAGAUCUUCCUUGGUACUCGCGCUACAACGGCAGCGAUGAUCUAUCGCGUUCUCCAAAAUGGUGGGGCACUACGGAACCACCGGUGCCCAGAGAACCGUACAUCGUAGAGGUUGAAACGAAGACCUGGAGUCCGUGGAGCAGAAAUCCUGAAAGUGGAAUCGAGCAAAGGACGGAGAUCGCAGACGAAUCUCAAACCACGACCAACGACGACAAAAAUGGCGGUUAUUCGCUGGAGUACAGUCAAUUCGAGCAACAGGAGAGUAAAAAAUUUCCUUCGAACCCGCUCGAUUAUUCGGAUCUGGAACAGAAGCAGGAGACUAAAGGGAAGAAGCAGAGAGUUUCCAAGGAAAAUGACGUGCAGAAGGGAACGAAGGACGAUCAGGAUUUUUAUGAAGACUCGAAACCGCAUAAGGAGAUAAUUCCUAUUCCAGCGAGCCAGAAACUUACAGUGGCUCGAUAUGAUACCGAAAUGGGCGUUCAAUGUCCAGAAUUCAAUUCAACUGGACAGUUCAUCUAUCCUCCGGAUUGUAAAUUUUUCGUGAACUGUUGGAAGGGCAGAGCUUUCGUUCAACCGUGUGCUCCUGGCACACUCUUCAAUCCGAAUACUUUGGAAUGCGAUUUCCCACAUAAAGUCAAGUGUUACGGAGGAGAGGUUGCUGAGUUUCCGUCGAACGAACACUUGGACUCGUCGGGAAGACGUGAACCAUUGGUGCCUGGUAACCAUCACGGUUAUCCGGAAAAUGGAAGACUACAAGAACCACAAUGUCCACUCCAUAUAACAGGUUUGUUACCCCAUCCUUCGGAUUGCACAAAAUUCCUACAAUGUGCAAAUGGUGGCACGUUCGUCAUGGAUUGUGGUCCUGGCACAGUGUUCAACCCUGCAAUCAGUAAUUGCGAUUGGCCCAACAAAGUAAGAGGCUGCGAAGACGCGCUGAAAUCUAAAGAAGAAGUCACGACACCACUGGUUCCUCCCUAUCCCAACAGUAACGGACACAGCAAGUUAGAAUUUAACGAGAAUCAACCAGUAAAGAUCACCUGUCCUCCGGAUUACACGGGAAUGUUACCUCAUCCAGAAACGUGUACGAAGUUUCUUCAAUGCGAUCGCGGUGGAACGUUUAUCAUGGACUGUGGUCCAGGAACAGCCUUCAAUCCUUUGAUUUCCGUCUGUGAUUGGCCUUAUAACGUACCUGCUUGUGACAAAGACAAACCAACUCGUACGCAACAGCCAGCUCCAGGCUGGUCGUCUCACGGUUCCACAGAUUCGAGAACCUGGCAGCAUUCUCACCAGCAGAACCACCACGGAUAUCCUAAUCGUCCCUUAACAACGACGACCACUCGUCCAGGAACAGAUUGGGAGUCUUUAAGACCGACGUGGCGACCAAGUUGGAAACCGAAUGCUUGGACAAUUGCCACGCCACCUUAUGCUCGCGGUCAUCAUGCUGGCCACAAUACGAAUACUAACAUGCCUCGUGGACACAACGAAUGGAACCAAUCACCAGGCUCGUUUCCUCCUCCUACACAGUGGCCUCACAACCACGGAUCAGAAAAUCCGAAUCGAAAUAACGACAACAGAUUCCAUCACCAUUACCAUCAUCAUCAUCACCACUACGAACCAACGUACGACUCCGACGGAAACGUGGAAACACAGCAACCGAUUCCUCCACACGGCCAACCGAAUCCUCAGAGACCAGUUCAAGGAGUUCCCGAACCUGGAAAUUGGCCCUCGAAUCAAGGACACCAUCAUCAACAUCACCAUUACCAUCAUGGUAGCCAAGACAAACCUCAACCUGGUCACGAUUACGAAUGGGAACCCGAGGAAUCCGGCCAACAGACGCAACAGCCAAUUUUCGAUCGGACAAAAGAUGACAAAGUGGAUUUUGGAGGCAACGUGCCAGCGAACCGAAGACACGGCGAAGAUUUUACGCCUAACAGACAAGAGUACGGGAGAACUGUUCCCGGAUUCACUCAAUCGAGAUCUGAUCAACCGCCUGCUCAAAACGAGAACGUUCACAUGGACAACGAGAAUCAGAGGCCAGUUGACACGCAGAUCGUGGAGAAUAAGACGGCCUGGACUCAACCCGUGACGAGAGGAAGCAGAUACACUCCUACCAGUUGGAGUCAACUUGGUCCUGAGCAACGGCCACCUGAUCGACGUUGGGAUCAAGGUUCCGUUAACGAGGAGGACAAAUUUCGCGAAUGGGGAUCCGGGACCAAUGUUUAUCAGAGCACAGCUGACAAGGAAGUGGAUUCGAAGUUAGAUCAAUGGAUGUCGAAGCCGAAUAUGUUUGAGAGUGGCAAAGGACAAAAUCGACCUGGAGUGAAAAAUGUUUCGCCUACUUAUCCAAGUAACAUUUACGUGAACUUGAACGGCACAAGGGGCCAUUUUAUCACUAAAGAAAUCCAAGUGAACCAAGGUCACUCGAAAACAAAAACCUACAGACCGAACGAUCUUCCAAAUCCAAACGAAUACAACAAAAAUGAUCAAAAUAUCUACGUCGGCUCUGAGAUGACGAAUUUCGAUAAUAUACCAUCGAUGGUCCUCGAACCACCGUUACUUACUCCAAACACUCCUUCUGUUGGGUCAAACAAUCCGUCACGAAGCAAUGGAUACAAUCGUCGAGCUCCCAAGAAUUAUUGGCCAAAUAAUUCAACUUCCAUGGGUUCCGGAGAUUUGGCAGAAUCUGGUACCAGUUACAAUCGCGCGAUCCUGCCGUAUCCACCUCCCCAUAAAUCGUUGGCUUCUCCGACCGCGAUGAAUUUCUCAGGAACGAUCAAUUAUUAUCCACCUGUACCAUCGCCAAAUUUGCAACCACCGCCUCGUGAAAACAGAACGUUUCCGUUUGGCUGGCAGUAUCCAGCUGUUCCGUCUGUUGAACUUCAACCGCCGUUUUACGAGCCUCCGAAGCACACUUUGAACACUCCCAAUUUCGCGUCGCCAAAUGCUACUCAACGUCCAACAUCGACCACCAAUCUCCAACCUCCAGACCAACUGCCUCGUCCAAAUUUUACGCCGAACGUCACUGGACAAUAUCCACGCGUUCCAUCGAUCAUCUUGGAACCACCUUUCGAAGACUCGCCUACUCGUUCCGACGAUCCGUCCACGAGUAGUACGACUGAAAAAAUUCCAGAAGAACGUAUAACAUCUCCACCGAAGAAAAGGUUUCUGCAAAAUUCAGAUGGACCUCAAAGUAUCGCUACAACGACAGAUUCGAGUAUAGAUUCUUCGAGUAUAGAUCUUCCAGAUAUUAUCGAGCCUGAUUUGGACUCCGAGGUGGACGUGCUGGUAGAUAAGAAAGUGUGGAAGCCGGUGUUAGUCUUCGACAAUAAAAGUGAAACGACCACGGAAUCCUCUGUUAUCAUGAAAAUCAAUAAGAAGAAGGUCGACGUAGAUCUUUUCAAUAUCGAGGCUGGCCCGUUCGAGAAAGAAGAGCCACCGUUUCCAUCGUACUACGUGCCACCGGUGGAACCAAUAAAUCGCUGGAAGAAAAGUGCUCCGCGAACGCCAAUUUCUGGACAGGUGAUUCGACUCAGAGGUGGUUCUGGACCUCACGAUGGCUACGUUGAAGUUCAAGGAGUGAGUCCCGGAUGGGGACUUGUUUGCGACUCGAAGAACAGCUGGACUUUGAAGGAGGCGCACGUCGUAUGCAAACAACUUGGAUACACGAGAGGCGCCGAGAUGGCUUGGCAAGGAAGAAACGAUCGAAACGGCGUGCCAACUUGGAUCGCCGCAAAUUCCGUCUCGUGUCAAGGCAACGAGGCCAAAUUUCAAUCGUGCAAAUUCACGCACGAGCAAGAGUGCCGCGUGGAGAAAGACGCGGUCGGCGUGAGAUGCGUGCAGAACCGCGUAGCGCACUGUCGCAAAGAUGAGAUAUCAUACGAAGGACAAUGUUAUCACUUGGCUGAUCCUCAGAGCGGAUUAAACCACGCGGAAGCGCUGGAUUAUUGCUCGCAGAGGCAGGCGAGGCUCAUCGAUAUCACCAGCCAAGCGGAAAACGAUUUCGUCUCCGAGUGGCUGUCGCAAAAGCAUCCGGAAGUCGCGUCGAUUAUGACUUCUGGCGUCGGUUUCACCACCCUGAAUCGCACCCUGUGGCUCUGGGAGGAUUCUUCUCGAGCGAAAUUUAGAUUCACCAAAUGGUGGCCAGGCUGGAUGGAGGACAAAAAACACGCCCCAUUCGUGGGCUCUCGUCCUCUUUGCCUGGUAAUGAAGCGCAAAUUUCCAUGCCACGAGAGGCCGGACUCGAUUUGCGUUGCUGAUUACUUCUUUUGGGACACCGAGGACUGUGCUUCCUCUUACAAAGGUCACUCGUACAUUUGCAAGAGGCCCUACGACGAUAUUGGCUGCAUUUACGGGAAAGGAAACCAAUACGCAGGAACCGCAAAUGUAACAGCUUCUGGGAAAGAUUGUCUUUCGUGGGGCGACGAGAAAGUUGCUUAUCAACUUGCAGUUACCGUUGUUAAUCGUGAUGUCAGAGAGAAAUUGAAGGUUCAUAAUUACUGCAGAAACCCUAAUCCCAACAGAGAAUCUAGACCAUGGUGCUACACGGAACCAAUUGGAGAACGAGAAAACUGUGACAUACCAUCUUGUGGAAAUAUCGGCUCUCCGAAAUCAAUUCAGGCGGGUAAAUGCAAACCUAAGCAUUUCGAAUGCGCACCAGGGGAAUGCAUUCCUUCGCGAUGGGUUUGUGACGAGGAACAGGACUGUACAAAUGGAACGGAUGAACAAGACUGCGCCUCACAUAUGGAUCUUUACGAAAAGCAUCCCAAGCAUAAACUAGAAGGACACGAUGUUCAAAAGUGGUUGAACACACCAUUGAAGACAUGUGCUUUUCGAUGCAAGGAGGCUGAUUUCACUUGUCGAUCAUUCUCACACAAGGCUGCGGGAAACGUUUGCUUUUUGAGCGACAGUAACGUGGGUACGACGGGCUCCCUAAAACCGAACAAAGAGUACGAUUACUACGAGAUGAAGGAGAGAAGCAUGAAUUGCGAGGGAAUGUUCGUCUGUGGAAAUGGAAAGUGCAUCAAUCAAUCUCAGGUGUGCAAUGGAAAGAACGAUUGCAACGAUCGCAGCGAUGAAAAUAUUUGCACCGUGGAGAAUUUAGAUUACGCCAUUCGAUUGGCUGGUUCUGAGGAUGACAGCGAAGGCAGAGUCGAAGUUAAAAUUUUAGGCGUUUGGGGCCAAGUGUGCGACGAUGAUUUUGGAAUGAUCGAUGCUGAAGUAAUUUGCAAAGAACUUGGCUUUAAACUUGGCGCUUUGGAAGUCAGAGGAGCAGGAUUUUACGGUAAUAUGGAUCCACCGACGAGAUUUAUGGUUGAUCAAUUAAGAUGUCGAGGCAACGAGACGUCCCUACGUGAAUGUGAUUUUGAUGGAUGGGGUGUUCAUAACUGUCAGCCAGAGGAGGCAGUGGGUGUUGUUUGCAAAACUGCAGUGGACAGCUGUCAGGAUGGUCACUGGAAGUGCGACAGAAGUCCAAUGUGCAUUCCAACUGCGUUUAUAUGUGACGAAGUUGUCGAUUGUCCUGAUGGUUCCGAUGAAAGUCCUGAUCACUGCGACGCGCCAUUUGAGAUACGUUUAGUGAAUGGCAGCUCUCGUCUCGAAGGGAGAGUCGAAGUUCGUCACCAUGGAAUAUGGGGGACUGUUUGCGACGACGAUUUUUCCAGUGCAACAGCCGCGGUAAUUUGCAGAUCCUUAGGAUACGGUGGACGUGCUGUUGCAAAGAAGGACGGUUUCUUUGGUCCAGGAGAAGGACCAAUAUGGCUCGACGAGGUGUUCUGUUACGGAAACGAGACCCAGCUGUACCGAUGCGAGCACAAUCACUGGGGUCAACAUAAUUGUAAUCACGACGAGGACGCAGGUGUAAUUUGUACACCUGGAGAUGUUAACGAUUCCAAGUUGCACUGGCAGACUACGACGAAUCUACCGGAGAAGGAUAUCAACGACAUACUUCCGGCCAAUUGUGGCAGACGAUUCAAAGAUUACAACGAACACGUGGGUCGUAUAUUUGAAAAGGUGGUGCGCGGUACUAUCGCGCCAAAAGGUUCUUAUCCAUGGCAGGCCAGUAUUCGUGUACGAGGGCACAGUAGGUCGAAUCAUUGGUGUGGUGCAGUGAUUCUUUCUUCUUUACACGUGCUCACCGCUGCACAUUGCUUGGAAGGCUACAACAAGGGAACUUAUUUCGUUCGUGCUGGGGAUUAUAAUACGGAGAUAGAGGAAGGAACGGAAGCUGAAGCUAAUAUCGAGGAUUAUUACAUUCAUGAAGAUUUCCGCAAAGGCCAUCGAAUGAAUAACGAUAUUGCUCUCGUGUUACUGAAAGGACAAGGAAUUCCUCUUCGCAACGGCAUUAUGCCAAUUUGUCUGCCACCAGAGAAUGCUGAGUAUCCGGCAGGUCUUAAUUGCACCAUCAGUGGAUUUGGCAGUAUCGAGACCGGGAAAUCAACUCAUUCCAAAGAUCUGAGAUAUGGUUGGGUACCGUUAUUAGAUCAGUCCGAAUGUCGUGCUGAACACGUUUAUGGCGACGGUGCAAUCAGCGAUGGAAUGGUCUGUGCUGGAUAUCUCGACGAGGGAAUUGACACCUGCGAUGGAGAUUCUGGUGGACCAUUAGCUUGCUUGAACAAUGGAGCUUUCACAUUGUACGGGAUUACCAGUUGGGGACAACAUUGUGGAAAAGCCAAUAAGCCCGGUAUGCAAGUUAGUGUAAGAUACGAUCAUUGUUACUUCUAUUUGGAACAUUUGUCAGAUACUUAA